AUGUUUGACUAUGAAUUGCCUUCUCGACGUCAAAUUUCGGGGUGUUUGCUGGACGUCCUUUACGACCGCGAGAAGACUCAGUUGAUUUUGAGAAUAACGGAGAGUGACGUGACGAACUUGGCCCUCAUUACGGAUGGGUCGUCCAACACAAAUGGGGAUAGCAUUAUCAACUUUUUCGAGUCUGUAAUUGGUUCAGGCAAAGUCACUUCGGUAGUGACGGACAACGCUGCCAACAUGAAGAAGGCGUGGCGACUCGUAAGAAAACAGCGCGUCGGACUUGUAUGUACGGGCUAUACUACGCACGGCAUGAAUCUUCUGAUGAAAGAUAUUUUCAAUCUGGAUUUUUUCAAGGAUGUGCUUGACCGUGCAAAACAACUGGUUCGGUUUUUCAAGGAUCAUCGGGGCUUGUGGUCAAGAUUUCGCGAUCUGCAAAAAGCUCUUCGAAAGAAAGGAGAAAAACGGCGGCGCCUCUCGCUACCAGUGCCAACGCGGUGGUAUACGCAUGAAAAAUGCGUCGCGAACGUCUUUCACAACAAAGACAUCAUUGCAGCUAUUUUCUCGGACACGGCGCUGCUUAAGAACUACAAGGGAGCAUCACUAGACGAGGCACUCGUUAUUUUUCGCGAUGACGAUUUCUGGCAAAAAACUGCCGUUGUGUUGAAGCUCAUCCAGCCAGUCAACAAGUGCCUCGCUGCGUUUGAGCGCGACGCCUGCAGCUUGUCGUUGGUGUAUCACCAGUUUAGUUGGCUAUGCAAACAUCCAGUCUACACCGAGCCCCUUGAUGAUUGUAGCGUGUUGCUACAAGCGGAGGUGCUCGGGCUGAUAAAUGCCCGACGAGGAAAAAUAUGCACGCCGACGGUGAAAAUUGCAUACCUGCUUGACCAGACCAAGACCAUGUACGAUCCGAACGAUCUGGAGGUCAAGGCACUGAUUAACGAUGCCGCGCAACUUGCCCAGGACUUGCAAUUGGUACCGACAGAGUUGGCGGAAAAAUUUCACAAGCAGCUGCAAGACUUUGUCCUCAUGAAGUCUGCGUGGACAGGUAAAUCGCGUGAAGAUAACAACGCCUACAGCCCGAUCGCAUGGUGGUCGCUAGAAACCUCGAACACCUACGCGUUGGUGCAGGAGUUCGCAAAGUUGCUGUUGUAUAUCCCAACGUCGUCGGCGUCCAGCGAGCGUAGUUGGAGUAUCCACGGAUUUAUCCACACGAAGCUGCGAAAUCGCCUCACGCCUGAGCGUGUGAACAAGCUUGUGUUCGUUUAUACGAAUAUUGCGCGAAAAUCCGAAGUGAACCAUAUCCUAUACCAGCUCUAUCCAGAUGCAUACGACGACAGCGACAUCAGCGAUGAGAGCGAAGACGAAGAAGAUGAAAAUGUCGCUAGCAACCACCACCGGGCGGCGGUAACUGCUAUUACCUCUGAAUGCGAAGAAAAGGAAGCGGGUGAAGUCGUGCAAGAAGCUGCAGCGCCAGCUCAGAAUAUGUUUCGAACCCCUCCAGCUUCUCAAGUACGCAGAGCGGUAACAUGGGAAACAAGAUAA